CUCAUUGUGUCGUUUGGACCCGGACUGGACGCACCGUCUCUCUCUCUGUCCGUCGGUGUCUCUCUCUCUCGCGGUGGAUUUAUACCUGAACGGGGCUCCGCUGCUCCCGGACGAGGAUUUUCCUGCCGGUUUCGGUCCCCGUUUAUUUGGGAAUAACCAGGAGCUGUUGUGGAUUAAUGUGGACUGUGUGUUCGGAUCCCGGUUCUCCUCUUCUUCUGAUCCGGAGGAUGUGGACUCAGAAAGCAGAUUUAUAAACAGAGGACUUAAUCCAGACCAGAGCAACAUUUGGACUUCUUCGCCUUCUCUUCCUGGAUUUGGACAUUUCUCCUUCACUGAUUGGCUCUCCUGUGCAGCUGCCUGUGAUUGGACAGUCCUGAAUUCAAGUAAGGAGUUUCUGCAUGUUGGCGUUUUAAACGCUGGAAGCCUUUCUGACUGUCAGCCAGCUGAAGCUUCACUGCGGCUCCUUUAUUCAUCAGAAAAACUGCAAACAGUUGAGAAUCUGUGGGGUCGUCUGCAGGACGUCUGAGGGGGUCCACCCCCGCCUCUUGACUUCCUGGAACGUGGUGAGCACUUCCUGUACCUGACUGGCUGGAAGCUUCUCCUGUGCGUCACCGCAGAUUUUUACACUCCGACGCCCACCAUGACCUGCUGACAUCACCACGCCCCGUCCUCCCCCCUCCUCCUCCCCCUCUCUCUCCUAACAAAAUGGCUCCAUCCGACUGGCUGUUACUGUGGCGGCCGCCGCUGCUGCUGCUCAUCCUCACUUCCUGUUUCCCGUCCGAAUCGGCCUCGACCACGCCCUUCCCCAAAGACCUGGAGCCAAUCAACGUGGUCAACUCAGACCAGUCCUAUCAGUUUCCAGGUUUUCAGGGUUUGCUUCAGGACAACGACACACUGCGUCUGGGCCUGGACUUCCAGAGGUUGCUACGCAUUAACCAUAUGUUGUACAUUGCCGCCAGGGAUCACGUGUUUGCUGUUAACCUGACGACAGCUUCAGAGGAGUUCGUACCUCAGCUGAAGCUGACGUGGCGAUCCAAAGACGUCAGCAAGUGUACCGUCAGAGGGAAGAACAGCGACGAGUGCUACAACUACGUCAAAGUGUUGGUGCCUCGAAACGACGAGACGCUGUUCGCCUGUGGUACCAAUGCGUUCAACCCCACCUGCCGAAACUACAAGAUGACCUCCUUGGAGCAGGUCGGGGAGGAGGUGGUCGGUCAGGCUCGCUGUCCCUUCGAGUCCGGUCAGUCCAACGUUGGACUGUUUGCUGGUGGAGAUUUUUACUCUGCCACCAUGACGGAUUUCCUGGCCAGCGACGCCGUCAUCUACAGGAGUCUGGGAGACGGUCGACCCGUCCUCAGGACCGUGAAGUACGACUCCAAGUGGCUCAGAGAGCCUCACUUCCUGCACGCCAUCGACUACGGUAACUACGUCUACUUCUUCCUCAGUGAGAUCGCAGUGGAGUACACCGCCCUGGGCAAGGUGGUGUUUUCUCGAGUCGCCCGGGUUUGUAAGAACGAUAACGGAGGUUCUCCUAGAGUUCUGGAGAGAUACUGGACUUCUUUCCUCAAGGCCCGUCUGAACUGUUCGGUUCCCGGAGACUCGUUCUUCUACUUCGACAUCCUUCAGUCUCUCACCAAUGUGCUGCAGAUCAACCAGAGACCUGCGGUGGUCGGAGUCUUCACCACUCAGGCCAACAGUAUCCCCGGCUCAGCAGUUUGUGCUUUCUACAUGGACGACAUAGAGAAAGUCUUCAACGGGAAGUUCAAGGAGCAGCGGACCAGUGACUUAUCCUGGACUCCGGUACCGGACGAGCAAGUUCCAAGACCAAGGCCUGGUACAUGUGCAGGCGACGGUCCGGCUGUGGACUACAAGUCGUCGAUUCAGUUCCCAGACGAGAUGCUGACGUUUAUCAAGUCGUAUCCGCUGAUGGACGAAGCCGUUCCCUCCGUCAACGAUCGGCCCUGCUUCACCAGGACCUCCAGCAGGUCCAAGCUGACCCAGAUCGUGGUGGAUGUUUCGGCUGGUCCCUACAAGGACCGGACGGUGAUGUUCCUGGGCUCAGACGACGGCAGAGUCCUGAAGGUUUUGGCCAGCACGCAUCCCAACGACAGCUUUGGAUCCAAACUGCUGGAGGACAUUGAUGUCUACAACCCGUCCAAGUGUAACGUUCAGGGUCAGGAGGACAGGAGGGUUCUGGGACUGGAGCUGGAUAAAGACCAUCAUGCUUUGUUCGUAGCCUUCACCAGCUGUGUCAUCAGAGUGCCGCUCAGCCGCUGCACCCAACAUGGAGCCUGUAAAAAAGCCUGUCUGGCCUCUCGUGACCCAUACUGCAUCUGGCUGCGGACUGGGAGCUGUGCCAACAUGGCUCCAGGUUUCAAGGCGGGGUUUGAACAGGACAUCGAGGGCGACCACUCGUUUCACCCAGACAGCUGCCACGCCGACGUGUCGGCGACCACACGGAACCAGGAGUCUGCAGCCGACUCCGCCUACGGUGUUCGUCGUCUGCCAGAGAUGGACCAGCGGGUUGGUGCAAAUGUCCACUACACCCUUCUGAUCGCCUGCGUGCUGGUGGCCUUCUUCCUGGGCGCCAUCUUGUCAGGUUUCCUUGUGUCGUGUUACUGCAGCCGCAGCGCUGCUCAGCGAGCGAGGAGAAUGGGGAAAGACCCAGAAGUGUCGCUACCUCACGCCCUAUCGCUGCGAUCCCUCGCCAAGCUCAACGGACUGCUGGAUGGACAGCCGAAGGAGGACAAACUGGACGUGUCCACCCCAAAGAUGUACAGCUCCUUCAUCCCCAAUGGCCGGUCGGAGCCUCACCUCCACACCCCCGGACACCAGGGCCUGCCGCUGGGAGACCCCGACCUCAGCCUCUCCCAGUCUCUGUCUCAGGGUGAUGGAGAGCUGUCCGGCCUGCCCACGCCUGACUCCACUCCGGAGCUUCCCAUUAAGAACAUGAAGGCCCUGCGGCACCAUCAGUACGAGAAGAACCAGAACUGCAACAACGCCAAGGACAACAACCCCCAGUCUGGGCCCAGCUGCUCUGGAUCCAGUCUGGGUUUCAUGGCCGUUGUUGGGAACUCUUUGACCCAACAGGUGUUUCCCUUCUCUCAUCACCACAGCAACAGUUUCAGCAACGGAGCAGCUCAUGGAGCAGGUGCUUCUUCGACUUCACUGCACCUCCCAGAGGAGAGGAAAAUCUCCAAUGAUGAGCGAGCAGCAGGAGCAGGAGGAGGUGGAGGUGGCGGGGGAGUCCCACAUCACCACCACUCCCAGCAGUCCCUUCCCCAGACAGUGGUGGACGUGUCGGCACUGGAUGAGCUGCUCAAACACAUCCAUGAGGUCAGCGCGUCAGGGACCGGAGGAAUCAAGGUUCUCACCUCCACCUCCUCAUCCUCUCUAUUCCCCGGGCCCUCCUCAUCGUCUUCUGGAGGACAUAAUAAUCAUCACCACCAUCAUCAUACUCACCACGGCCAGACCCGCACCCACCAUUACAACCACAGCCAUCACCAUAGCAACCACCACAACAAUAACAGUAGCGGCAGUAGCAGUCACCAUCACCAGCAGCAGAUCCCCGAAACAGAAUCUGCUUCGUAUUACAGCACCUCUACGUUGCCGAGGGAUGGCCUCCCCAAGCGCCUGGACGCACCUACUCAAAACUCCACCUCAUCAUCUGCCACUUCCUCUUCUUCCUCCUCCUCAUCCUCCAACAACCCCACCUCCUCCACCUCCAUCCCUUCUUCCUCCUCUUCGUCCGCCUCAACUCCGCUCCAGCAGCAGGUGAUUCCAGAGAGACCCGGAGGAAGCAGCGUCUCAGUGACACGCCACCACUCUCAGCGCCACUCCCUCAUCAAGAUGGGCAGUGGGGGCGGCGCUGUGCCACGCAACCACAGCUUCAACCAACGGGGGGCACAGCACGCACACUUUUUAGCCAGGAUGAACACCAACAGCAGCAGCAACGGCCCCCCAGGUGCGAGCGGGGCGGCUAAUGGGAACACCAACGACGAGAACCAGCGGCCAUCGAUCGCUAACACUUGCCUGACACGGCAGCACAGUUACAGCGAAGGGCCACAUGUGCAGCGGGCAGCAAUCGUCCGGAGAACAGCGUCGCUGAAACCCCAAGUCCCGCCCAAACCGCUGUUCCUUCCGAACACAGCGACAUCACCGGUAGCAGAGGCAGGAAAAUACAACUACUGAGACUGAAAGAGGAAGUGGUGCCAUUCCAACAUGGCUCCUACAGUCCUCAAAAAGCAAAGUUCUCCGUGUCUGCAGGGCUUGUGAGAAAUAACAAAAUGAGGGCAUUGAUGGGACGAAAAGACACAAAAGAGACUUCAGAGCUUUUUGUUCCCAUCACUCCUCAUUACGACCCUUCAGUUGUGGUUAUUUUCCUGCUGCUGAGAGGACGCCGUCCGUCGCCUGUCUGAGUCACGACCGCUGCAUUGUAGCUGCUUUGCUCAAAGAGUAGAGCCACACAGACAGACACUCUGAGGAUCGACAAAUAAACAAGAUCUCUGACUCAUUUCUUCGGGUAGGCGGGGCCGCUCGUGGCGACUUUCCCCACACAACAUACUGCGGAUCAAAACCGGCUCAGACGAGUCUGAGAAACAUUCCAAAAGGAGGGCGAAAGAUGUUAAUGAUUCAAAAGGAGUCCCCAAGGCUCGAAGUGGCCUCAAAAAUUCUUGAUUAAUGCAGUUUUCUUAUGAGUGCUUUGAUCUAAUGUCCCCAGUUGUUGCACCUUGGCACGGGGCCCGGAUUUCAUUUGCACAGAUUCAAAAAGGCAGGGAAUCGGACUGCUGCGGAUCUGACAUGAACUGAAUCUGGGACCGCUGGGAGUGUUGGAGGUUUCUCCAGGACUCUGAGUCAAACGAUGGCAUUUCUUUCCACAGGAGAAAUCAAACAAAAGUCAUAUAAUGUCAAACAACGCCCAGAGGGUAUUUCUUUUCCUUUGGAAGUCUGUUUGUCCCUCUGAAUCUGGUCUGGAAAAUUAAAACUGAGAGGACGGUUCACUCUCCUUUUCUGUCAAAGUCCAAAGGGACAGAAAAAAAAACUACAAUGAGGUUUUUGUUAUCACAUCCAAUGCUUCAAGAUGACGGGAUGUUCAAGAGAUGGAGAUUUUUGUACACCAACACAUCAGCAGCACUUUGAGGAAAAGAUGGUUAUGCUGUAUGAGCUGUGGUAUUAAAUCCAAAUGUCAAAAUCCAACAGCCACCCUGACAGUCCAUACAAACCAGAUGAAUGUUCCUUUUUUAUACCAUAUUGGUAUCUGAAAAACAAAGAAAGCACUAAGGUUGACGGUGUUUUGUACGGAGCCCAGUAGGUGUUCGAGGGAGGAUAAAAGCCUGCCUCAAAUUAGAAAUUUAUGCACUCAAUACACUCCUUCAAUUUAGUAAUUUGUAUGUUCAGAUUAUUUAAUUGAUUCUCUUGAAUUAAUAAUUACCCUCAAAUGACUUAAUGUGCCCCUUCCCUUCUCUCUUUUGCAUCCGGCUUUAUGUGUGAAGAGCUCUGAAACCUCAGAGCAGAAUUUUCAUGAACUGGCAUCUUCAGGAUCUAUAAAAUAUGUUUGAAGGGAAGUGAAAGAUAAAGUGAAACUGUAUUUAAUCCAUCAAGUCCGCUGUUAACUUCAGGGUAUUAAUUAAAACAUUUGAGGGAAUAAAAAUGUUUUCUCAUCCCUUACUGAGCUCUGUAGUCAUUUACAGCUUACGGUAGUACAGAAAAGGGGAAAGAAAAGACAGCUCACAGAAUGAAAAGUAUAAUAAAAUUCAGCUUUUUUUCAAAAUGUCAAUUCACCCAAAAUACAAAAAGAUGAAUUCUCUUAUUUAGUUCUAGUGCAGUGGUUCCCAAAGUGGGUGUCCUGCCCCCCUGGGGUACCAAGGGAGUGUAAGAGUCGUUCAUUUUCAGUGUUUCUACUGUACAAUUUACCAAAAUUGACAUUUUCGUUAACUACAAAUUUAUGUUGAUUCUUAAAAUAUGUCAAAAAGACGAGAAAAAUAAGCAAUAAACAUUAAAGUUACCAUAGUAGCAAAACUAAGAGUCUGCAGCCAGUGAAUGACAACCUACAUACAGCCAUAUCUGUUUAAAAGUUAUAUAUGCGAAAUCCCCUUUCCACUGAAUGUUGCACAAGAGCACCAGCAUCUCAAAUAGGAACAGUUGGCGCUAUGGCCGGCCAGACUUCAUUGACAAAACAAGUAAUUUUACCUAAUCAUAAAAUGCACAUCAAACUGGACAGAAAUAAAAUAAAACUCACCAAACUUAUCUGUUAGUGUUUCCAACAAUCACCAACUCCGGUUUGGUGGAAAUAAAUCUGUAAUUCACCGACAUAGAUGAUAAAAACAGGAGUUUCAGUCGGAGCAGACCGGCUAUGGAAACAAACCACAGAGAGGCUGCGAUACAACACAGGCAGAGGGAGAGAGACACCAUGUGACUCUGUAUCUUUAUAUAGAGAAUGGUUGUUCGCUGCUAAAUCAAUGUUUUAAAUCUCAGUUCUAACCUUUAACUUGUAACACUGAUGUAACAUGUAAAUUAUCAACUUAUUUGUUUUGUAUUUUGGGGACAACGAUAUGGUUUAAAACAAUUUCGGAACCGCUGCUUUAGCAAGUUUCUAGCCAUGCAGUUCAGAUUGUUUUUACGCUGAAGCAAUUUUUAGAAGGACUAUUUCUUCAGUUGUAAAUAGUGUGAAUGAAAACACUUAACAGGUUACUGGACUGUGGGGAUGAGCGAGUACGCCAUUAUUUGUAUCUGUUCAACCAGCCUUAAAUUGAUACGCGUUGAUCAGAAGUUGCUAUAUUUAUUUGAAAACUUUACAUAAGUAAAGCUUGAGAGAAAUGUUUUUUAUCACAAGAAACAUAAAUGUAAAAGAACUAUUUGUUCGUAUAUUUACAACUAUGUAACAACACAUUUUACUCUUUGGUACUUGUAAAACGUAGAUUACCUGUACCGGAUACUAGUUUCCACCGAGUACUCGCUCAACCCUUGUCUCUCUCAAAAACUGUGGACAAAUAAAAACCAUGUGCAUGGCUAGAUACCUCAAUGGAAGAGUGUUUAUUUUUGUGGUAAUUUGGGUGAACGUUGAGCCACUUUGCUUCACAUUAAUUCACUGUUACAGACUUUCCAGUGCGACCACAGUCUGUGGGAGUGUUUCUUCACAGAUGGUCUAUAAAUACCCGACUGUGAAGGGAAUCUGGUGUUUCCUGUUUUACUUUUUACCUCCCAGUGUUUGUCAGCGGUCAAGAAUACUUUUUUUAUUCUGUGGCUGCUUCCUCUCUCUGGGCACUCGGCCUGAAACUGCAGAACGAGAAACCAAACAAGUGGAGAGGUCAAAUGUUAACAGUAUAAUACACAGGCAACAGGCAGGGGAAGUGAGCAACACAGCCAGCAACAGCAAUAAGAGGCUGCGGCCAGGACAAAAAUACCUGCAUACAAAACAAAACCCUGCAACUCCAACAGCUGACGGAGUUGACAGCCCGCGUUGCUUAAACGUGUUGCUGUGCGGAUUUGGUUAAGUUUGGAAAUGUCUGGCAAAUGAAUGUGAUCUUUAGAUUUGGAAAAGUUACUCAAGCUUGAAUGUGUAACGGAGACUCACUGUCAUCUCGCAGUUGUUUCCAAGACUCAUCUAUAAAGAACCGUACUGGUGGCACACUUUAUAUUACUGCUGACCACGUUCCAAAACAUAUGGUUUUGUAUUGAUUCUGAUUUCUGACCUUCUUAAUGCAAAAAACAACAGUUAUUGAAGAAUCCCAACCACCUCAAGACAGAUAAUAAUAAUAGUAAAAAGUAUUGACGUUAAUGUCAGAGUAUUCAGCUGUUAGAAAACAUCAGUAGUGUCUCUCAUUUGAAGUAAAAAGGCAACAGCAGAUCAAUUAAAAGCGGCAAAAAAUUUUAAUCCCGGCAAAAUUCACUCCCCUUUCAGUUAUCGUGUGGUGAAGAAGCCCUUGAUGUUGAGUUCAGUGAGGCUCAGACAUCUAAGAAUGGACAGUAAGCUUUGAAUUAAUGAGAUAUGUCAGAACAGAAAAUCAAGCCAGAACACAAACAAUACGUCAGGACGAUCGGAAUUCCAUAAUAAAGUUUAUAAAGUUUCUUGCAUCAAAACUGUUUUAAUCAGCAACUGACUCAAAAAUGUCAAAGACCAAGGAAUCCUUGGACACUCACCAAGUUCCUGCUCAUGAUACGAUGAUAAUGCUGACAUAGAGUUGAGGGACACUAAACUGUGAAACACCUUAUUUUUAAGCACUGCACCACUUUCAAAGCAUUAUCAUUAUGACACAAAUUUUACAGGCUCUCCUAUAUAGAUAUGGGCUGAUAUUACCACAUCCUUCAGCUAAAGAGAUAAACAUUUUUAAAAUGCUGCAAUGAUUUGAUUAACACAAUGUGCUGUACACAUCGUCCAGCCCUGUCUGGAGUCAUUUUCACUGUGAAGGAUUAUCUCUGAUGCAAAAUUACUAAUUUUCACAUGUCUGGAAGAAAGGAAGGUAAUCAGUCUAAACACUGAUGGUCUGCAGUAAUAUAAAAAUGUUACUUUGAUUUGAAGAAAAUAAAUGAACUCAUGGUCUACUUACCUGUUGUUUUCAGAGUUUAAAACCAUAUCUCACGGUCUUCCUCAGCCAAUGGACUUUUGUUAGUCGUUGCCUCCUGCUGCUGUAUCCUUGAGCAAGAUACUGAACCCCUGAUGCUGUGCAUUGGUGUGUGAAUGUGCAUGAAUGAGGUAGUUUCUGUUCGAUGGACUUUGCCAUCACUGUGUGAAUGUGUGUGAAAGGGCGAAUGUGGCACGUAGUGUAAAAACGCUUUGAGUGGUCGGAACACUAGAAAGGCGAUACAAGUACAGGUCCAUUUACCAUUUACCAUCCAUCAUCCCGUCACAGUAACGGUUGUAUUUUGUGUGUGUGCUGAAGAAGACCAUGAUGUGUGGAUAAAAAACUGUGCUAAACCUAGUAAGUGGACCUUGGGUUAAUGGUUACUGGUUAAAACAGUUUCCAAAGAUAAACUCUUACACUAAACAACACUUUGUGCAAUUUACCCUUCCAAAGCCACGCCCCUUUUUGAACCUUGGUCAACUUCCUCCUUUCCUGUACUUCGAUAUGCUAGGCUAAUCUAUGUUGAAAAGACAGUCACAUCUUACAUUAGCUAUCAGUUGUAAGGAGCUAGCUAGUUUAAUGUAGAUUAGCUACCUAGUUAGCUAGGGUUUUGCUAACAUUGGCUAACUUAAGAUGUGACUAUACAUAUAUAUAGUCAAACCUGUCUAGCAAACCCUUGUUGGUGGUCCUGGGACUAUCCCAGCCAAAGUUUACAUGAGUUCAGGUGUAUCAUCUCCCAUUCGACCUGGCUUUACGGCUUUGCAGUAAAAUAUUUUUAUACAAGAAUCCAUUUCCUGAAUGGGAGAUCUUGGAGAAUGUAACAAACAUGGUUGUGCUUUGUUCCAGCUCCGGUAGAGGUGUCUCCAAAAGUAUUUUUGGGGUCCUUGCCCCUAGCCUAAUAUAUACACCAAUCAGCACUAACAUUGUGAGCACUGGACUCCCUGACUGGUCCCAGACCAGCAGACUGCUCUGCACUGUGUGUUCUGACCCCUUUCUAUCAGAACCAGCAUUAACUGUUUCAGCAGUUUGAGAACAGUAGCUUGUCUGCUGGAUCAGACCACACGGGCCAGCCUUCACUCCCCACGUGCAUCAAUGAGCCUUGGUUUUUGUCUUUUCAACAUAGAUUAGCCUAGCACAUAGCAUAUUCAAGUACAGAAAAAAAAGGAAGUUGACAGAGGUUCUGAUCGAGGCUUUCUCAAAUGUUACCUGACUUAGAAAGGAUGAAUUUCAUGUAAAGCACCAGUCCGAUCUGUUAACUGAUAUAAACACUGAGCUCUUUAGAUCCCGGUCAGGGAUUCUCUGAAAUAUCGAAACAGGAAAAUGAGUUUCGGGUAAUGUGGCUUGAGAGACAAAAAUCAAUAAACAGUAGCCUGAUGUCAGUUAUUAAAACAAACUUUUUUCUGUGAAUUUUUAAGUGUCUGGUUCCCAGCUGCCGGUGAACCAGAUAAACAUCCAGCAGCCGGUUUUAGUUUUAUCCGACUCGCUCAGCGCGCCGGACGCACGCUCCCGGCACAGAUUAAGCAAUAACGAAGCCGCGGUGAUGCUGCAGCAGAGUGUUAGUGAAGUAUCCCUGUCUGCUGGAGACGGGAGGCAAGCAGCCUCUGCACCAAAUGAUGCAACUUUGAGUCCGCCAGCACCAGACGGUCGAGCGGAGCGGAUGGGAGGAGGGAGUGGGGGGGGGGAUAUGGGAUGUGAAGCGCCUGCCUAAUGAGACGUGAUGUAAAACUGCAUCAGGCGUCUCCAACCCAGACUGAGUGAUCGUUUUGUUCAGAUUUAAUAAAAGGAGGACAAAGCAGCGGUUUGGUAUUGAUUUCUACUUCACGUAAAGAGAGGAUUUGUGUAUUUGGAGAUGUUACAUCAUCCUCUUUCAUCUCCCGGCCUGAAUCACUCAGCUGACUGAAGUGUUUGAUAGUUAUCGGAGAUUAGUGUUGUUCUGGUCACUGGGAAGAAGCUGCCUGUGUGAAUCAAAGUCUAAAUUAACAAGCCGUGUUCACACGAGAACAGCCAACCUGAUCUUCACCUCUGUGCGGCAGAUUUGAUUGUUUCUCAAGUGUCUACAGAGGAAGAAAUAACAUUUUGAAAAGGUUAAAAGGAUUCUAAUAAGAAAGAAAUGUUGGUGCCACAGAAUGAGUUAUGUCUGGUCUUUUUGUGCUAUUUAAAGGAAUGCGCUGCUGGUUUAGAAUUUUCUACCACAUUAAUUGGAGUUGCGUCUAUUUAACAUAAGCUGACCAAUUUUUCAAACAUACAAAGUACUAUUUAAAUUGGUUUCCCUCUGUUUUCCUCUUUUCAAUGGAAGUCAACUUGCAGAGACUAACUGCAUGUAGACAAUUGAACACUAAGUCAUCCUUAUUUUAUACAUAACCCUUUUCUAUGAGUGGGUAUGCAGCUCAAAUCAGUGACCAUUUUCCUUGGUGGGUUCAAGGGCACAGUUAGCUCGUGAAAUAUUUUAGAAAUGUAACAUCUGAAACAGUAACAGUAAUACAUCGACCUGAAUGUUAAAACAUUAAUGAUUGCUUCUUGAAAAUUAAAAACUUUCUGUUCUGAAAAUGAUGCUGUACUUUUAAUAAAUGACAACAUAAAGGUAACAAAGUGUUGAUGAAUUCAAGGGCUGUCAUGAAAGAAGGCCAUGAGAAUAAAGAGCCAGUAGGUGGAACUUGAAUUUGGAUUAGUACUUAAAAGAUUUUUCAUUUUUAUGCUUCUCCUGUGUGUUCUCCGUUUUAUUUUAGGACAUGAGCAUUUUUCACAAUUUUCGGACAUUUCACUGACUAACAAUCAAUUUCAGUCGAAAAAUUAAAGCCCUAGUUUGGACGAUUUUGUUUAACAAACUUCAGAGAACAGUAUUGCUGAGUAUCAAACCGAAGAACUUUUCUGGUACCAACCAAAAUGUGUCAGAAAACUGUCACAUACCAAAAAUUGGCCUUGAUUGUCGAGUCUAAUCCUGUAGAAAUCUUCUUCCUUCAGGUAGUUCCCAAUUUUAGACUUUACUUAGACAAAGGUCUUGAACAAAUGCUUGGGUAUUUUUCAAACAUAUCUACUAAAGUAUUACUGUGGUAUCGGCACAGAAACUGGCGUUUCAAACGAUACCCAGCUCUAGAAAACGGUCAGUGGAGAUGUAAAGAAAAAGCAACUUGUAGUUAAUUGGCUCAAAAAUAAAAAACUACCUGUGUGUUCCUUCAAAUCGCUCCAUAGGGGCUCUCAGCAGUAUUGUCACUUUCAAACUGAACUGGUUACAGAUAAAAACAGCCAGUCUGGUAUUCCUACAAAUUAAGUGUAAGAGGUCAGUAUUUUUCACCUUGCUGUACACAGAACAGAAGUCACCUUUUAUAAAUGUUUUACAUUGAAAUACAAUUGUAGUCAGGUUCUGAAGCAGACAAAAACAUCAGAUUUUUCAGCAUUCGGAUACUAAAAAGACAAAGUGAGGAACGUAAAUCUCCAUCUGUUCUGAAUAGAAACUGUCAAAAGGCUGUUGAAAAAAAAAAAGAUGCUGGAGUUCAUUUAUGGUCCUUUAGAAAUGUUUUCACUGGGUGCUACUACGGGAACGCUGCAGAUAAUAAACACUAUUGCUCAUUUUAUAAAAAGGGUUUUUGUAUGAGGAUGCACUUGUAACCUUCAAAAUAAAUUUGUUUAUUCCUUUCGUGGUUCCCGGUUCCCGUCCUCAAAGCGUGCUCUCUGUGAUUCAGCCAGAGAGACGGAGGGGGAACAGAGACACUGUGAGCCACUGAUGACGGACUCACAGCGCCACUCGGUGGGCCUCACCAGAAUGACAAUGUAAUAAUGUCAAGGCUAUUAUGUUUACCUUACUGCUAUUAAUUAACAAUGUGGAUGACGGUGUAAAUAAAGGCUACUGUGGAAUAUUA